AUGGUAGUAGCUCUAACGAAAAUUGAGAAAGAAAAAAUAUUAGAGAUCUUGAAUCUCGCCGAGGUGGAAGUCGAUCGGCGAAGUUUCUGUUCGGCGGAAGAGGAGAAGGAGGAGGAAGAAGAAGAAGAAGAAGAAGAAGAAGAAGAAAAGAAAGAGAAGGAAGAAGAAAAAGAGGAAGAAAUUACGGGAGUAACUCUGUCGACUAAUCAAGAUCAGUCGAGCGUACGAGGAGGAGGAGGAGGUGGCGGCGGCGGCGGCGGAGGUGGAGGAGGAGGAGGAGGAGGAGGAGGAGGAGGGGGAGGAGGUGGAGGUGGAGGUAGCGAGCAGGCCGUCCCUCAGACGAGUCCUGCUAGCAGCACGAGUAGCUUGAGCCAGGUGAAUCAGGUGAGCCAGCAGGUGAACCAACAAACUCACCAGCAGUCUCGCCAACAACAACAACAACAACAACAACAACAACAACAACAACAACUGCAGCAGCAGCAGGCAACAACACCGACACCAUCAAUACCAUUAAACACCGUAUCGUCAGCCGCGUUACUGUUAUUAUCUACGAGAGGAUCACCGGCAUCGCCAAUAGCGACGAUAAUAACAGCUACCACGACAACGACGACGACGACGACAACGACAACAACAGCAGCAGCAGCGGCAGCAGCAGCGGUAGCAGCAGCAGCAGCAGCGGCUGCGGCAGCGGCUGCGGCAGCAGCAGGAGCUACGACGACGACGACGACGACGACGACAACGACGACGACGACGACGCCUCAAUCCGCACAGAUGGGAAUCUCAACGGAAGAGGUUAGGCCCGAGGAAGAGGGCAGCCACCCGAGGGCAGCUCCAACGAGCCCUGAAAGCGAGGCCGAGGUCGACGACUUUGCACCUAAGAGGAAGCAACGACGUUACAGGACGACCUUCACUAGCUUCCAGUUGGAAGAACUCGAGAAGGCAUUCUCGAGGACUCAUUAUCCUGACGUUUUCACCAGAGAGGAGCUCGCUAUGAAGAUCGGCCUGACAGAAGCAAGGAUACAGGUAUGGUUUCAAAAUCGUCGAGCGAAAUGGCGAAAACAGGAAAAAGUUGGGCCACAAGCCCACCCGUAUAAUCCUUAUCUCGGAUCGGGAGCACCCCCGCCAUCAGCUGUCGUAGCACCCACUUUACCGAAUCCAUUCGCCCAUUUGGGUAGCUUCGCCCUUCGUAAACCGUUCGAUGCCUUUCGUUAUCCACCUUUGGGCCACGGACCUGUCCUUCCUGGAGCAUACACCACUCACCCUUAUCAUCGAGCCCCACCUCCGUUGUUACCACCGGGCAUGCCAUUACCCUACACGUCCGCGGCAUCGUUUCAAAGCCUAUUGGCAAAUAUAUCAGCCGCACAAAGGCCAAAACUCGUUCGAGGCUCAACACCACCACCACCGGCACCACCACCACCUCAACCAGCCCCACCACCGAUAACUUUGUCUCAUCCACCGGUUCCUCAAGCACCACCGACGGCUACCUCACCACAAAGUUCACCGACUGGUAGCGUUGGUUUACCCGACAUCGACAGGAGAACCAACAGCAUUGCAUCCCUACGAUUGAAAGCACGAGAAUACGAGCUCCAUCUUGAAAUGCUCAGGAAAAAUGGAGAUCUCAUUAGCUGAAGAUGGUGCCCGAACGAUAUUUACUUUUUCAACGACGACGCGAAACUAUCGACCUGUGCCUCGAUAAUAAUAUUAAUCAAAGGAAUAUGAUAACGAUUAUUCACGAAUAAUCUAGUGACAAUGAUUACGCGAACUAGGAAAGAUAUAUAAUAUCGAGAGUCUACCCUAAGUGGUAGGAAGAAAGAGAGAAAAUUAAAGUUAAAUGAAUAAAUAUCAAACCGAAAAAAUUAAAGUGUCGUCCAACGAUACGACAAUGAAUUUUUUCUUUCGAACGAAUUUUUCUAUCGCUUUGUAACAUUUUCCAACGACGACAAUGACGACUUAAAAUUCGCCAAACGAUAGUUCUCAUCGAACGAUUUCGCUUGUUUUGGAUGUUCUUAAAAGAAAGUAACAUUCCUUGUUUUUUCUUUUUCUUUUUUUUAUUUCUUUUUUUUUUUUUUUACGUCGUUAAAAUUAAAACCACGAGAAUUUUAUUUGUUAAUCGUUGUUGCUUUGUGUUCGCAAAACUGCUCAGAAAUUCGUUCGAUAUUCCGAAAGCGAUUAAAUAUCUUAAAUCUCGUGACGAGAAUCGUUCCUUCUUCUACGCGUACUUAAACGAAUCUUUAUAUCGAGGGUCGUUUGAAGAGAACCCGAGUAUGAUACACCUUUUAAUAAACAAACAAAAAUGUUUAAUUAAGAAAGUAAAAGGAUAAUUAGAAAAAAAUCUCAUCUCGAAUUAAUUGCCGAAAUAUACAAGGUAAUUCUAAUUUUCUAAUUUAGCAUCGAAUUAUCUGCGAUCGUAUAAUUUUCCAAUGAACGUUUCUUUCCUUUUCCAUCGGAAUAGAAAAUUCAUCGGAGUUAUAACCAAUCGCAAAAUUUAUUUCAGAUUUAAUUUCUACGAUAUUGGUUUUAUCGUUCAAUUUAGUCAGUUAUCGUAUCUAUGUUGGACAACUCGUGGGAUCAAGAAAAAUAUUCGAUUGAAUUUAUCCGAAAUUUUUCUUCAAAUUUAACAACUAAAUUUUUAUUUAUUGUCGUUUACUCUUUUGAGACGCAGUCCAAGAUAUAACUAAUUCAACAUAAAAUAAUUAUUACAUAAAAUGAUUCCAAUUGAAAGAUCACGACAUUUUUAUCUAAAAAAUGUGAUAUCACUUGGGUUAUCACUUUCAUAAUACUUUCUAUAUAUUUAUUCCAUCUCUAAAUAUCUAUAU